GUCUCGUUGUCUCUUUCUCUAUAACACCAAAGAAGGAGAAGGAGAUUAGGAGAAGGUGAAGGAAGAGGGAGGGAGCCAAAUCCUAGCGCGCGCUAGAAAAUAGAGAUUGUUGUUAGGAGUGUUGGUGGAGGAAGAGAUCCUGCAACCAUAAAAGAAGAAAGCAGGCGAACCCAACCAAACAUACCAAAGCGAAGCAAAAGAAAGGCACUCAUCCAACACAAGGACACCAAACUCGUAAAGUGAUCGUCGGCGUCAUAUAUAGGGAGCAGCCGGGCCGUCGAGAAGGACAGUGGAGCUAGGCACGCAGCCGCAGCCGCAGCAAGCAAGCAAGAGCUGCGACUGCGAGCAGGCUUAUUAAGCUAAGCGACGACCUCCGUUCCAUUGCGAACAGGCUACAGAUCAGAGUGAGGAAGAAGAGGAAGCCGAAUUUCUUUUCACUCUCCCGACUGACCUUUCGCCGGUGCGCACGCCACCUCGGGUCGGGAGCGUCGAUCGAGUCCGUGGCGGUGGCGGCGUGGGACGGUGACCGGUAAGUUUGUACAAUAUAAAGCGCGGCGGCCACACAGUCACACACACACACACCAGCUGGGAGCUGCGGAGAUGCAGCAGCGGCGCAAGUCGGUGUUCGCGUCCGCGCCGUUCGCGAUGAAGCAGGCGGCGCUGGGAGCCGGCGUGGCGGCGCGCAAGAACGGCGCGCCGCUGUCGCUGGCCGCGGUGGUGUUCGCGCUCUUCGUCUUCGCGACGUUCCUCUACAACGAGGACAUCAAGUCCAUCACCGACUUCCAGUUCAGCUCCGGCGCCAUCCGCGCCAAGUCCCCCGACCUGCACCUCCUGCAGGAGGCCGAGGCCGCGGCGCACGCCGCCGUGAACACCCUGGCCAAGCGCGGGGAGGAGGUGAUCGUGCGCGUCCUCGAGGUCGAGGCGCCGCCCGUCGUCAACACUAGCAGCGUGCUGGCGGCCGCCGCGAAGGCCAGCGCCAAGGCCAACGCGGUGGACGUGGGGCAGGAGAAGGAGCGGGACGUGACGCUCCCGACGGUGACGGGGGGCCGAGGCGGGGCCGACGAGGCCCAGCGGCGCGCUGACGAGGAGGUCGCUGAGAAGGCCGCGUCGGCGAAGGCGGCGGCGGCCACCGCCGCGCUGCGCGGCGUGGUGAGCGUGCCGCAGACGUGCGACCUGUACCGGGGCAGCUGGGUGUACGACGAGGUGAGCGCGCCGGUGUACAAGGAGGGCGAGUGCGAGUUCCUGACGGAGCAGGUGACCUGCAUGCGCAACGGGCGGCGCGACGACUCGUACCAGAAGUGGCGGUGGCAGCCGGCGGGCUGCGACCUGCCGCGGUUCGACGCGCGGCUGCUGCUGGAGCGGCUGCGGAACAAGCGGCUGAUGUUCGUGGGGGACUCGCUGAACCGGAACCAGUGGGAGUCGAUGGUGUGCCUGGUGCAGUCGGUGAUCCCCGACAGGGGGCAGAAGACGCUGACAAAGUUCGUCAACGGCGGGUCCAGCAACGUGUUCUACGCGCACGAGUACAACGCGACGGUGGAGUUCUACUGGGCGCCCUUCCUGGUGGAGUCCAACUCCGACAACCCCAAGGUGCACAGCGUCCCCGACCGGGUCAUCCAGUGGCACGCCAUCGCCAAGCACGCGCGCAACUGGAUCGGCGUCGACUACCUCGUCUUCAACACGUACAUCUGGUGGCUCAACACGCUCGACAUCAAAGUCCUGAAGCAGGGGUCGUCCUUCGAUGACCAGGGCUCCACCGAGUACGUGGAGGUGGACCGGCCCGUGGCGUACAAGGAGGUGCUGACGACGUGGGCGAAAUGGGUGGACCGCAACAUCGACCCCAACAGGACGACCGUCUUCUUCAUGGGCAUGUCUCCCAACCACAUCACGCCUGAGGCUUGGGGCAACAAGGGCGGGAUCAAGUGCGCCAUGGAGACGCUGCCGAUCGCGAGCAACCGCAGCGCGGCGCUGGACGUGGGCACGGACUGGCGCCUCUACGCGGGGGCGCGGGAGGUGCUGCCCACGCUGCGCCGGGUGCCCGUCCACUUCGUCGACAUCACCGCGCUGUCGGAGCUGCGCAAGGACGCGCACACCUCGGUGCACACGCUGCGCCAGGGGAAGCUGCUCACCCCGGAGCAGCAGGCCGACCCCAAGACCUACGCCGACUGCAUCCACUGGUGCCUCCCGGGCCUGCCCGACACCUGGAACCAGUUCCUCUACGCCCGCAUCGCAUCCAGCCCAUGGCCCAACGACGCCCAGGCCCAGCAGUAGGGACCCUGCACCUGCUCCUCCUUCUAUCUUCCUCAUUCGCCGCGGGCCGGCGCCUCACGACACAAAAGGGAGGCCUGGGCUGCAACGGCCCGCCCAUCGACGAGAGCUCUGGCGUUUCUGCUUCAAGCUAGCUGAUCAGCCAAAAGGGGGCGAAAGACGGCGUUUCUGCUCGCCGUCUUUGUUUUCUUUCCUUUUUUUUAAACGAUUUUUCUUUCUCUUUUCGUUGCAUAAAAGGAAACUGGUCCGUGUUGUUCACCUUCGAUUCUUUGGUCCAAACACAAGUGGAUGGUCUGGGGUAAAUGAGGGUGUGACGAGCUUAGUUGCUCGCUCAUUUGGUUUCUUCUCCUACCAACGAUGCCUAGGGGGAAAGCAAGAGUUGAGCAUGAAGAUGUGAUGGGGGAGAAGCAAAGCUGGGGGGAGUACAUGUAAAGAAGAUUUUUUGCGUUGUAUUUUUAUAUGCUGCUGCAGUGCACCCAAGGUUAAGAGAGGUAUAAAGAGCAUUUGUUCUUCAAUCA